UUUUGAACGACCCUGUGUUUUCAUAAGGAAGAAAGUUUUGAUCUGGCAUAGCGUCAACAUUUGUUUACACACACUUUUUAUGAAUAUGAAAAAGGAAUAGCUCCAUUUAAAGGAAAAUCGGAGUAAUUUACGUCACGCAGUAAUCAUGGCAAUAUGCUUUAGGGUGUAUUCUGCUGUUAUACUCAUGAUAAUAUGCUUGGCUGGAACCGUGUAUUGUGACUAUGAGUGUUUAUGCAACUACAACGUAGAGAAAACGGUUCUUCCGUCGCCAUCCAACCAAGGUCAGCCGAUAGGAUAUCUUUAUGAAUUUGACUGCAAAGAAAUACUUGGUGACUUCUCAAGCUCCCCGACAUGGGUAAAAGUUGCAUUUGAGCACCAGAUUGGAUAUGUGGAAAAGGAUUCUCAAAUAAGUUCACAGAUAUGCCCAGGAGAUCCACCUUUAGGUGAUAAAAUUGCAACAACAUCAACAAUUGCUACAACAAUAACAACUACCCAGAAACCAAGUACUUCAACCGCGAUGAAGUCAACAGCAACAACAAUAGAAUCAACAACAACGAUGAAACCGACGACAACCACAACAACAACAACUAUGAAAUCAACAACAGCAACCACAAUGGAACCUACAUCAACAGAAACAACAAUGGCACCAUCAACAACUUCAACAACUAUAAAACCGACUACUUCUACGACCUUGAAAACAUCAACGUUACCAACAGCUACAUCAACAUCUACAGUAAAGCCCGCAUCUGAAUCAUCUCCAACAACUGCAUCAUUGGUAACUGAGUCCACCUCAACGUCCAAAAUGACAUCUCCUAUUUCAUCGACAAUACGACCGGCCAUAUCUUCUACAUCAAUGGCUACAGGUAAACGUGUAUGUCCUUUGAACGUCCAGAAAGCGGCUAUAUCUGAAGGAAGUCAGGUCUUCGUUAAUGACAUCAACAGGAAAUGCUAUGAAUUUGUAAAGUUUAAGCGAACCUGGAGUUUUGCAGAGGACGACUGUCAAGGGAAAGGAGGACAUUUAUCUUCUAUUGAAAACUCUAUUGAGGAAAAGCUUCUGUUUGGAUAUGUUCAAACAUAUGGUUCCAGUGCGUGGAUUGGAUUAAAUGACAAGAACAGCGAGGAAAACUUUGAAUGGUCUUCUGGGGAUGUUUCAGUGUAUCAGAACUGGAAAGCUGGACGCAAAGAUCCCAGCAAACACUCUACUGAGGAUUGUGUUACAAUAGGUGCCAUUACUGGCGCUUGGGAAGAUGAAAGUUGUGGCAAUUAUUACGCAUAUAUUUGCAAAUUUGAUGCAGUUGUCGAUAAUGGUACUCAUAUAAACCAGUUAACUACGCACAGUUACAGUACUGCAUCAUCACUGCCAACUACGACUGCUAGUUUACUCUCGACUACAAGCAGAAACGACAACUUGGUAUGUCCACAGAAUGUUCUGCAUGCAGCAAAUCGGAAUGGCGAAAACGUAUUUGUUAGUCGAAAUACCCGAAAAUGCUACGAGUUCGUUACGAAUCAUCGCACGUGGGAUAAUGCAGAAACCAACUGUCAAAGUAAAGGAGGACAUUUAGCUACUGUUUCGAGCUGGUCUGAAGAGCAACUGUUGUAUAGUUACGUGAAAUCAUACGGCCAUGCAACAUGGAUUGGCUUAAAUGAUCAGAAUCGAGAAGAACAUUUCGAGUGGUCUUCCGGUGAUCCAGUGACAUACCAGAAUUGGCAUCCUGGUAGCAAAGAUCCCUAUACACAUAGGUUUGAGGAUUGUGUUGCCAUGGGAGCUUUAACUGGGACUUGGGAGGAUAUGGACUGUUUGUAUAAUUACUACGCAUACAUCUGCGAAUAUGAUGCAGUGACUAGUAAUCAUGGAUCGUUAUCAAGCGUUGAUGGUAACACGCAGUUGUGUUCUUCAACAGUUCGUCACCUUGCUGAAAGGGACAAUGCUAUACUCGGUCAAUAUGAAAGAGGAUGUUAUGAACUGAUGCGAAGUGCAGAUGUAAGUUGGCAACAUGGAGAAGAUAUGUGCCAAAGCCGUGGCGGACACCUUGCACACAUAAGUAAUGCGCAACAGCAAGCGUUUAUUCAGUCAUUUCUACAUCGCCAUUCACCGCAACACGCAGUAUGGAUCGGACUUCAUGAUACCCGUAUUGAAGGUGCUUUUGAAUGGACUGCAGGGACAUCGGUAUCAUAUACUAACUGGAUCCCCGGACACACAAGUAACUUUGUAAGUUUUCGCACGGAAGAUUGUGUGGCAUUUAUACCUUACAAAAAUGGGAAAUGGGAUGACAUUCCGUGCGGCAAUAGCUACGAUCUAGGAGAGACACAUCCAAUAUUAUGUCAAUAUAAGAUUCCAAUGGCACCAGGAAUUGUUGGUUGAUGGAAACAUCAUUCAGACAUCGUCAGCUGACCUGGACAAAACAGAUCAAUAGACAUUUUCCAAAAUAUUAUUGUAUUCUGCAAACAUAUUAAAGAUGAUAUUAAAUGA